CAGAUGAUGGUUAGAGCACAGGAUGAAUUACCAAGUUUAUUUUCACUUUAACCCUUAGCAGAGUUUGAACUGCAGCAAAAGAUGAGAACACUGUUAGUAAACAUAAUUUAAAGCAAUACAAAUGGUUUUCAGGAAGUUUUAUUUACAGCCUCUGCAACUCUGGUGAUGGUACAAGCCACUCAUUGGCACUUCUUAUCACAUAAAUUUAGCUUGGCAUUUUUCAGUAUUUAUUCUGGUGUUGGGCCAGAUUGAUCCCUAUUGGAACUGCAGAAUUCUCAGUGGGCAUCAGUUGACUUGGACCAUGGAUUAAUUUGAAUGUAGCAUUAUGAGGGGAUUGGAUCACGGGAGGUUGGGGUUUUUUAACUGGUCUUACCUAAGUCAUAUAGUAUUUGGAAGUAAGAACACUGAUUAAUGUAACACAAUUUUAUUUUUAAUAUACAUUUUAGAGGACAAAACUGACCUUGAGAACAGUGUGAUGCAGAAGAAAAUUAAAAUCCCCAAACUCUCUCUCAAUCACAUAGAAGAAGCUGGGGAGGUUACAGAUUAUGGGGAAGAAGAUGUGGAGCUUAGACACAGUAAGAGACAAGAUGGGAGGAAACAAAGUGAAGGUACACACAAAAGCAUUGAAGCAGUUGUUGCUCGCCUUGAAAAACAGAACGGGAUGAGUCUCAGUAAUACUUCCAGCCCUGAGGAGGCUUUUAUGGAGACUACAGAAGGCAUGAACAAUAUGGACGAUGCUGUAGUUCCUCGGAUUCUGUACGAAGAAUUGCUGAGGAGUUACCAACAGCAACAGGAAGAAAUGAGGCACAUUCAGCAGGAGCUGGAGAGAACGCGGAGACAGCUUGUGCAACAGGCAAAGAAGCUCAAAGAGUAUGGGGCACUCGUGUCAGAAAUGAAAGAGCUCAGAGACUUGAACAGGAGGCUCCAGGAUGUACUGCUCCUAAGACUAGGACCUGCCAUUGAGGUUGAAAAAGUAAAACCUGAAUCAAUUGAACCUGAGCCUGAGGUACAGAAGACCUUCAAUGAGGAGGCAAAUACAUCAACGUACUAUCCUGCCCCUGUUCCGGUAAUGGACAAGUAUAUUCUCGAGAAUGGAAAGGUCCAUCUUGGCAGUGGAAUUUGGGUAGAUGAGGAGAAAUGGCACCAGCUGCAAGUAACACAAGGAGAUUCAAAGUAUACAAAAAAUCUAGCGGUUAUGAUUUGGGGAACAGAUGUUCUCAAGAACAGAAGUGUCACAGGAGUUGCAACCAAAAAAAAGAAAGAUGCCGUUCCCAAGCCACCUCUCUCACCUCACAAAUUAAGCAUUGUCAGAGAAUGUUUGUAUGAUAGAAUAGCACAAGAAACUGUGGAUGAAACUGAAAUUGCACAGAGACUCUCCAAAGUCAACAAGUACAUCUGUGAAAAAAUCAUGGAUAUCAAUAAAUCAUGUAAAAAUGAAGAAAGGAGGGAAAUUGCAAAGUACAAUUUGCAAUAAAUUUUGGAUUUUUAAUAAAGUCUUAGUGUUUUACUUAA